GCCCAAUAAAUAUUUAAUCGCAGUUCAAUAUUGAAUAAUUAUUUAGCAGAGACGGGUCACUUCUAUUAAAAUGAAUGGGAGAAAUUAGAACGCCCAACGGUCAACAGACGUAGAAAGGAAGUCCCGCCUUCAGGUAAAUGAGCCAAUCACCUUUUAGAUACAGACAUCGCCUGCCAAUCAACUCGAGAACGCGCAUGCGUAUUAGUUAUUCAUUUUUUUAAUUUAUUUUUUCGCGUAAUCUGAGGUGAAACACCACAAUUUAUGAAACCAGUGUUGUAAGAUUUUACGGCUGAUUUGAAAUAUGUCCUUUGGUUGUAAUCUUGACCAACCGUUAUGGAGGUUUCGAUCUUUCCCCAUUCACGUAAAUAGGAGAUGCACUGGCAUGCCUCUUGUAUACGUAGAACAAUAGCUCAUCGGGAGGGUUCCAAAAAUGGCCGUCGAGUGAACUGACUUGCUAUAAAGACUUAUUAACAGAGCAAAUAAAAAGCGUACAAGUGUUUUACUUGCACGCAUAUUUAGUGUCCAACGGGUGGCGGUGUAAAUCCAUCAUGUUGGCUUCGAAGAAAAAAGCGGAACCACUAUUGCCUGAGAUGUUGCUGUGGAGACGUGAAGUGUACAACCCCCAAAGUCAGGUUUGACAAGACCUUUAGAGUGACCUGCAGCCCAAUUCCAGCGACUAUGCUUCAGGCUGAGACCCUCCAGUUGCUUUGCCUCACAGCCUCCAGUGGAGUCCCACUGUUCUCACGAGGAUCCUCCAAGCCGCUUCCCUUUUCCAUCAUCGGCUCUUUAAAUGGUGUUCACAUGUUUGGUGCCGGACAUGGCGCUCAGUUAUUGAGCUGUGAUACAGAGCGUGGCAGUCGUGUGGUUUGGGGGGUCUUUCAGGAGAGCCUGAUGCUGAUUGCGGUGAGUGGAGUUGGAAGCUCUUCCACCAGUGAGAUGCAGUUGCGCCUCCUGCUGGAGAACGUGUGGAACUGCAUGGUCAUGGUCCUGGGACAGGACGAGCUGGCAAACAUACGCAACGUGGAGCGACUUAAACGGGAGUUGCGCUCUUGCUACCGCCUCAUUGACCUGCUCCUGGAGCGUGUUAAUGACGACCAGGGAUUUAUGGGACAUUUAACACAAUGCGCCGACUGCCUGUUGCCCUCCCACUCUGGUCUGCUUCAAGAAGCCCUAGAGUCCUUCACCCAGGCUGCGGAUAGUGAAUUUGGCUGCCUGCUGGUGAACGGGCGAGUGGGACAGGCCACAGAAAAAUGGUGGUCGCGACUGGCUCCCCAAGAAGUUGUUGUGCUCUCAGCAUUGGUACAUUCACUCUCUGGCACCUCCUCAUGCGACUAUCCAGUCUUCCUGCCCCAAGGCAGUCCCACUGUCGCCAUUCGAUUGCUCUGUUUCAAACUGCUCCCUGGGAUUAACGUAUGUGUUCUCUGUGGCCCCAAACCCUCCUUGUACAAGGCAGAGAAUGAGCUUGUCAGUCGUUUUUGGUCCCCUUUGGUGGAGACUCUUCGGAGCUGUCUCGAGCAGGCUGACCGCUCCACUCUGCCUCCAUCUUUGAACCUUCGCUGGGACAUCCAGGCUCUCCUACUCAUCAGUCGUGAAUCCAGACGUGCAGUCACCUUCUGCCCACGUAUUCGUGGCGGUGCUCCUGCAGAGGCUACUCCCCUCAUCUCAUCAACUAGGCGUUUGGAGCUUCUUCGCCUCUUCUAUACGUUUGCAGUGACUCGAUAUUUUCCCUCAGAGGAAACAUCCAUCUCUUCUGCCUCAUCUACCUCCAAACCCACCCUUGAGGAUUUCUCUCAGGGCUUUACUCACGUCCCGGUGCAGUGCUACCUUGUCACCGAUGAGUGCAAGUGUUAUGGGCUGCAGAGUCCCCAGCACCAGCUCUACCUCCUCACGGAUCUCUCCGUUCCCACGUUUGCCUUGCGUUCCAUGGCUACACAGACUCUCUCUGCUAUUACUGCUGCAACAAGUUUUUAGAAAGUAUGUUUGGUCCUGUAUUUGGGUUUCAUUAUUUAAACAAGUGCCAGACCUGCUUGAGGAAAGAAGUCAUUCCAAACCCUUAUUACUUUCUUUCUUCUGCUGUACACAAACAGAGAUUUUUUUUUUUUUUAAGAAUAUCUUAGCUCUGUAGAUCAAUUCAAUGCAAGAGAAUGGUGACCAGAACUUUGAAGCUUCAUGAAAGUAAUCCAUAAGACUCCAGUUAAUCGAUGUCUUCUGAUUCGAUCCAGUCAGGUUUGUGUUAGAACAGACCAAAAUAUGACUUCUUUUUCAUGAUUUCCAGCUUGAUUAUCUUGCUAGCACCAUCUAGUGCUCCUCGCAUGUGUCAAACAAUAGGAAGUGUAAUUGAGCUUGAAAGUAUAAUCGUACCUAUAGACUGCAAUGAUAAAAUGUACUGUAAAAAUGUUAUAUUUUGGUCUGUUGUCACCCAAACUGAUUGGAUCACUUCAGAAGACAUUGAUUUAACCACUGGAGUCUUAUGGAUUACUUUUAUGCUUUUUUAUGUGCUUUUUGGAGUUCUGGUCACCAUUCACUUGCAUUGUAUGGAUCGACAGAGCUGAAAUAUUCUUCUAAAAUGUUUUGCUUUUGUUCAGCAGAAGAAAGUCAUUCACAUCUGGGAUGGCAUGAGGGUGAGUAAGUGAGGAGAACAUUUUCAUUUAUGGGUGAACUAUCCCUUUAAAUGCUUUUUUUAGACCUCUGUUUGUAAUACAUGUAAAAUCACUGGAUUUAAACCUUCUUGGUAGGAAAUAAAAAUAUGUGAGUCCAGUGUAAAGAUAGAUUUACACGUAGGUUUUUUGAACGGUCCUACUGUAUGUUAUUUUAGUAUAUGUGUAUCAUUCAUACUGUGAUAAGAUUUAUUUCAUGCUACCUGCUUGGUGCAUUGAAUGCUACUGAAUGUCAAUUCAAUGGUGUGUUUGUUACUGUGG